AUGGGGGCAGAGGCUGCCAUGCAAGGUGCAGACUGAUGGCACAGCAUGACUUGUGGGUCUUUGGGAACCUACGAGUCUCCUCUUUGCAGACAUGCCCACUUAUCUCACUAAUUUCAUGCAGUUUGGAGCAAAAACCGUGCUGUUUUUUGCAUGUGAAUGUCUCCGGCUCUCGUCUUCUUUACUCUCCUGUUGGCAUUUUCAAGAGCAGAUGCUCUCUACGGUCAUGGAUUUGCUCGUUGUCAGUUCAGUUUCCCCGAUGGUCAUGAUGCUGUGUACCUGGAGCAGUACUACUUUAACAAGAGGCUGGUGGCCCUAUACAACGGCACUUUGGGGAAAAUGAUCGGCUACACAAAGGAAACAAUAAAAUAUGCAAAUAUAUACAACAACAAUCCAGCUUUUGUGAAUUGGGGGAAACGGAAAACAGAACUUUGCAAAAGAAACACCCCACUGGCUUAUAAUGCGCUUCUGAAAUCAGUCGAGCCGUCCGUCAGGCUGAGGUCCGUUGAGGCAGUGGACAGCAGACAUCCAGGCAUGCUGGUCUGCAGUGCGUACAACUUUUAUCCUCAACAGAUCCGAUUGACUUGGCUGAGGAACGGACAGGAGGAGACUUCUGAUGUGAUGUCCACUGAUGAACUGCCCAAUGGGAACUGGCUCUACCAGAUUCACUCCUUUCUGGAGUUUACACCCAGACCAGGAGAGAAAAUCACCUGUAUGGUGGAGCACGCCAGCCUCAUGGAGCCCAAGCUUUAUGACUGGGAGCCCACUGCUGACUCAGGGACCAAUAAUAUUGUUGUUGGGACAGCAGGGCUGCUGCUCGGUCUGGUCUUUUCAGUUGCUGGACUGCUUUACUACAAGAAGAAAUCUUCUGAGCGUGUUUUGGUGCCAACAACUGAGGUGUUUUAUCCAGAGCACACACUUUAAGUCGGAGAAGCCUUCGGGGAUUCACUGAGAACUCAAAUACAAUGGUUCAGGCUAUGUGUUCAUUUCUAUCCUUUGAUGACUCAUUCUUUUUGUUUUCUUGUCAAAAUAAAUGUCUUAAGCUGUAGAUAUCCAUCAUAUACCCCGAUCAGCCAUAACAUUAUGACCACUGGCAGGUGAAGUGAAUAACACUGAUUAUCUGGUUAUCAUGGUACCUGUCAGUGGGUGGGAUAUAUUAGGCAGCAAGUGAACAUUUUGUCCUCAAAGUUGAUGUGUUAGAAGCAGGAAAAAUGGGCAGCAUGAGGAUUUGAGCGACUUUGACAAAGGGCCAAAUUGUGAUCUCCUAAACUGCAGCUCUGGUCGGCAGUGGUCAGUACCAUUCAAAAGUGGUCCAAGGAAGGAAAAGCAGGUGAACCGGAGACAGGGUCAUGGGCAACCAAGGCUCAUUGACUCAUUUAGUGUCCUUCGUGAUUAGAAAAGUAAACAAAAUCAUAAACUCGCUUUUUAAAGUUGUUUUAUGUGCAAAAUCUGACACAGCAGCUUCUAGGCACUUUUACAGUGCUCGUUUCACCCAACAGGGGGCGUGGUCGUUCAGAAGAGAAGAAAGUGACAUAUGUCUGCUCUUAUUGUCUGAACACAGUUAUGAACCAAUCAGCGUCCUUUGAGGAACUACUGGCAGCUAUGACAUGAGCUAUGCGUGCGGUUUAUUACGAGAUGUGUGCGAUGGACAUGUGUGACAAGUGUUUGCUCGAAAAUGGCGGAAAUGGCUGCUGCUGCAGAUGUUUGCGUGGAUGCUGCUAGCCUCUGUUAUAUCAGAACUGGAGAGUAUUUCUUCAUUUAAACAAAAGCAGCCAAUGGCACUGAAGGCUUUUCUCGACCUAUGUUGGGAGUAACGCAUUAUAAAGUAACGCGUUACUGUAAUUGCGCCACUUUUGGCAGUAACUAGUAACUAAUAACUUUUGAGUGAAGUAACUGUAACUAUUUACUAUUUUUCAGUCAUUUUCCCCGACUGACUUCGGUAACAGUUUGAGUACAUUAUAGUUUGUUGAUCUGAUUGAUUGGCUCUGUGAUGGAUAGCUGGUUCAUCCAAUCAACUGCCUGUAUUUUUUGGUUCGUGCUGCCCUUUUCCAAACAGUUUCCAUCAACCACUUCCCAGAAGAUACUGUGUAACAAACCAUCUGGCGCAGUCAGGUUAUAAAUUAUUGGUUACAAUCGUUAGAAAUAAAUGUAACAUAACAUGUAACAUGGUUUCUUGAAUUAGAUAUCACCAAACUGUGUGCGUUAAUAGGAAUGAGAGAGGUGUACAUCCCGUCCUAACAGGGGCAAUAAAACUAAGAGGACAUUGAAGGAGACGUCAGUGAAGAACUUUAAUCAGGCCACACACAGUGUGGUUGUACUGUUGGUCUUUAAUGGUAAUUCAUUCAAAUCAUCAUCAGUCAGUAAAACUGACUUAUAAAAAAUUAUAAAAUAUUUAUAAGCUCUUAAAUGGAUCUGAAAAUUAAAUUACAAUUACAAUUACACUUGUCCUUCCCAAAACAUUUACAAAAACGUUGGUCUAUUAAACUGAGUCACAGUCGAGUUUCCUGUCAGAUAAACACAUUGUAAACAAUAUUAAGUUCGUCCUGGAUUUAUUUUGUUACUGUUUAAAUGCCUUUGCACACUUUGUUUCAUCUGCCUGUGGCGUCCCAUUUACUCCUCACCUCCAUCAUCCCCAUCCUUCCAUCAUGUGACUGUAGCUGCACCAACAGGCAGCAUCUUCCACCUGCUCAUAGCUACCGACCUGCAGCCGAACACUGGGAAUUUCUUAGAAUUUCUUUUACUUUGUUUUUCUUCUUUCUGACAUUAGACAAAAACUGCUUGGGAAAUUUUUGUGUAAAAUAAUGUUACCUAUUUCUCUGUAAGUUACUCUGUCAGGUUGUAUUUUUGUACAUUUUUAUUGUAUUAUCAUAAACAUGUUAUCAUUUCCUGUAAGGUGAUAUUAAGAAGCACUGCAUCUUGACAUUUUGACACUGUCUUCUUGUUUUUCUAUCCACAAAAUGUUUAUUUUUAUGGAUGCACUUUUGAAGUAUACACAGCUGCUUUGUCACAUAAAGACAAAAAAGAAAAGUGGA